AUUUCGUUUCGUGUGGAAGAUCUGAAGCCUGAAGCGCAUUUGUGUGAUGCUGACGACUUUCGGUCCUCCCAAGCAGUACUGCUUCGGCCACCGCGAGCCCAUCCAGAGCCUCAGUGUGUCGCCAUGCGGCCGCUACCUCGCCGCCAUUUCCCCGUCGUCGGUGGCUCUGUGGAGCAACGAACAACACCGGGUGCUGCUGUCCUUCACCAAGCGCGAGACAACCCAGACGAGCGCCGACACGCAGUCGUCAAAAGCCGACAUCUUCGGGUCUCAUCACAUGGCCGUGUGGUCGCCGUCUUCGUCUCACCUGUUCGUGUCGACGGUACCGGGCCGCAGCUUGUGCGUCUAUCGCAUCUUGGCGACCCGCAGGGGCCAUGAGGGAGAGGGGGAUGAGUCGGAGGGGCUGCUGGAUGCGGCGGAUGAGACUACCCCCCGUUUCCAGUCGCGGCCGUACAUGGUGGUGCAGCAGCCGCCCACCCAUUGCGGCACGCGCAUCGAGCUGCACAUGGUGCUCAAUCUGCCCGUGUUGGUCAGCUGGAUGGCCGCUAGCCCACGCUAUCUCAUCGCCGCUUGCCGCAAGCAGCCAGCCAUCUUCCUCCUGGACUACUCCGACUGUCGCUCUCUCAGCCACAUCGUAUACCUCACCCCAUUCCUCACCGACACCGCCCUGGGCGCCACAACCCCACACCCACACCACGGUGGGCAUCAUGACCCCACUGUGGGCGGCACACCCACUCCUGCCGCCAACGUGACGCCUUCCAGCACCACCCGGUCGGCCUUCAGGCCCUUUGACCCACCGGCGCACGGCGAGGCGCUGUAUGAUCCGGAUGGCGCUGAGUGUCUCAAGAGGCACCUGGAGAACGUCCAGCAGAGCCGCACCACACCCAUGCUCAAGAGCGACGUCGAGGCGUACCCCCCGCCCUUCGGCUCGCCCCUCCCCUUCUCGACUGCACCACCGCAGGCAGACCAGGACCACCCCCCCACCAAUGGGUUGCCAUCGCACCCCAAGGGCCAUAGAAGGUCGUCUUACGGCGGUGAGGCCGUCGCGUCGCCACCGACGGGCAUCCACCACAUCAGUGUCGACACGCGGCUGGACUUGGUGGGGGUGGUCCUCAACAGCGGGGCGGCGAUGGUGUUUGCGUGGAAGAAGCCCUUCCUCUACCCAGGCAGGCGGCGAAACAAUGACGACUGGCGAGCGGCGCUGCUCAGAGGGGGCAAGGGCGGGCUGGGUGUCAUUGUGAGGGCUACUGGCGCCACUCAAAUCGAGUUCAACGCCGCCCAGAACAUGAUGGCCGUGGCGCUCGCCAGCGGCGUGGUGGAAUUGAUCGACAUUCCCAAACUGCGGGAGUGCACCCUUGAGCGGGCGACGUCAGGGCGUGAUACUACCCCGCCCCCCACGUCGUUGCCGGCGUAUGUGGUGCGUCAGCUGAAUGUGGCCGAGGCGAUAGGGCUGGACGUGCAAGUGAGCGAGAUGGGCGGCGUGGUGACCAUGCAGUGGUCCAGUGACGGCAGGGCACUCGUGGUGGGCUAUCGCAGGGUGGGAUGGGCUAUCUUCUCAUACCUUGGUACAGACAGACAGACAGACAGGCAGACAGACAGACAAUGAGAAGGACGCCUACAGCCAGGAUUCCUGGGUGCUUAUUUCGGUCCGUCUGUGUGUGUGCAGGCAAGCCCCUGGCGGCCCCGUUCCGCCGCCCCGAGGGCAAGGGCCCUUCGGCCCCCUUCCCCUCAUCGCAGAGGGCUUCCCCAGCGUCCUACCUCCAAUACACCCGGCGCACGUCGUACGCCUACUCGUUCCCGUAUGGCUAUGCCACUCCCGAACUGCAGCCCUCCCCGCCCCCGGCACAUGCCAUGGGCACCCCCAGCGCGGCCGUCCUGCCGCCCCUCAGCCAGAGCGCAUCGGCCACGCCCACUCACGGGGGCAGCGCAUACCACCGGGCCAUAUCCACUCAGUCCAUCCUGAGCAGCUGGUCGCGGGGCGUCCAGGGGCGCGCACUGUGCUGGGGCAGCCACGGCAUGGCCGUCCUGGUGGCCUACCAGGGCGAGGACGGCGUCCUCUAUGAGUUCGACAUCUUCCGGAGCGCCGACUGGGCGCCACUCGUGUCACUGUCGCCGCAGGCGUUCGUCAUUGGGCAUGGGCAGCGGCAGAAGAGGGGGCUGGCGGAGGGGUGGAGCGCCAAGAGGACCUAUGCACCCAUCCCGCCGCAGUCGCUGUCUGGGGCAUGCUGCUCUGCCGACCUCAACCACAUGUGAGAACUUCACCACAUAACGCUUGUUCUGCACGUACAUCCAUAUGCGUGGAUUUAUUGUACUUGCACCGCAUUGUGUUGUAUGUACGUGUUGAUAUGAAUGCAAUGGAUGCAGGGUGCUGGUCGGUCCCCACCGCUUCCUGGUGUGCGAGGCGCUGCCGUGGGAGCCGUCCCACCCCCAGUGGACGUCCAUCCCCCUCCCACCCGCACUGUACACCUGCCCCAACUGGCCCCUACAACUCGCCGCCAUCAGCCCCGACGCUGACUGGUUCCUCGCCGCUGGCAGACGGGGCGCCGCGGUCUACCACAUGAAGACCAGAAGAUGGCAGCUAUUCGGCAAUGUCCAGCACGAGGCCGCCCUCAAAACCAUCGGCCUGGCCUGGUACGACUCCCGGACAUUCUUCCUCACCUACGCGCAAGACUCGUCGACAGCCGCUGAGAUGCAGCGGGGCGCGUCAUCGGGCGACGUCAGCGCGCCGCAGACCCCGGCGGCCAACCCCCCCUCCCCAUCUGCCACUGCCCCCGUGACGUACUCGAUUGUCUUUCUAGACCCGUCGCUGCGUCUGGACCUGGACCUUGCAGUGGCCAAGAUAGAGGACCUCCACUACAUGCCGCUGCGCGUGGCCCUGCUCGACCCCACACACCGACUGGUGCCCUCAAUGAACCUCAGCAAACGCCUCGGCGGCGGGUCGGCGCGGCGGCAGUCCGCAACCGGCAGCAGCGCCCCACCACGCGGUCCCCUGUUGCCGAGGCUCCCGAGGGACGAUGAGAGCGCCUCCCCCGUGUCUCGACGGACUCCCCUGCUGGCCGUCUAUGACGAGAAUUACGAGGUGACGGCCUACCGGCUGAUGGCCUUCGCAGACUCUGUCACAUCCGAUUGGCUGGGCGGUGGGCUGUCGCGUGCCAAGACCAGGAGCCUGACGGUGGCGACGCUCUGGAAGGUGGACUUCAAGGCCCUCAUGUGGAUCGACCACCCGCUGAGCGUGCGGUUCCUGGUGGACCAAAACCACUUCCUCAUCCAUCAUGCGGGCGGCGAUGUCACGGUCGUUCAUCUGCGGGUGGGGGUGGGCCAGGGCGAUGGCGAGCCGGACGAAGACGACGAAGGAGGUGAGAAGGCCCUCACAAAACCGCACUUUGUUCCCAGUAUCUGUUUCUGCUCUGACUGGUUCAGGUGUCGCGACAGGGCCUCUGUGCAUUCCGGAGGAGUCGGCCCCUCUGGUGCGUGACGUCGACUCUCUCUGGACCGGCCCGGCCGGCCAGCUGCCAGAGUUCUGCCCCCUGCCUUUCCGCCAGCGCCGGUCCCCCUCACCGCCGGCGACCCGUAACAACAACAGUAACAGCAGGCCCCCUGCAUCCCCAGCCCCACCUGCCCAGGAUGACGUCGGCACACCCCUUCGUCUGGCGGCCAUCUCGCUGCCUGCCAAACAGGACAACCAAGACAGUGACCUCUCACCGUCCAUUGCCCCAGACACGCCGUCUUCACGGGUGGAAGUGGCUGCUGCCCAGCCGAAAGCAGCGGCAGCACCACCGGCAUCAAUUGACAACAGCAACAAGCCUCCUGUUGCGGGCACGAGUGUCGCCGGUGGUGGUCGCGUCAAUAUGACUGAGGCGAGGAGGAUCCAGUUGGACCACCAGGACAGCAUCGAUGGUCUCCUGCAGCCGUCUGGGUCGUCGAUCAGUCUGGGUGGCAGCAGUGGGCCGGAGGGUUUUGUGCCGCGGCGAGUGGAGAAGUUUGGUGGCUGGGUGGCGGAGAUCGUCCCCGAUGACAUUGCUGCAGGCGAGACGGAACUCGACUACAACACUAUCACAGGUGCGCUCGGGACCUGCCCGUUCAUAAUAACUGAAUGAAUGCAUCGUCUAUCCGUCCAUCCUCUGCCUGUCGCCUGUGUGCCAUGCAGUUUAUUCGACGCAAGAGGAGGGCAUCAACAGGACUGUGCAGCGGUACACUCUCAUGCCUCUGCCACAGCCGGGCGUCGUCACGCUCUCGUCCAAAGCAUCACCCCCACCCUCAUCGGUCUCACGCUCGCAAGGUGGUGCCCCCCACCACCAUCCCCAGUCGUGGUGGUUUCCCUCCCUGGGCCUCUCGAAGCCCAAACCGGACGCAUCCACGGACCUGUCCGACCGGGAGAGCAGCAGCGUGCCGCCCCCGUCACCGUCGCCAACACCGCCCCCGUCACGGGCGCAGCUGACGGCCGUGAGUAGUGAGACGGACGGUGGGACGGCAGUUGCAGAAGAUGACAAUAACGAGACGGGGACGGGUCGCAAGGGCUCAGUGGACAGGAAGGGCGGUCAGUGGCAGGUGGAGCCGCGAGGAGAGGAAGCCACGGGGGGCAAGAGGUGCGACGAGAGCAACAGGCGAGGCAGCAUCGUGGAAGCCAUCAAAGCCAAGGGCACCAACGCACAACCGAGUCCAUCCUUCUUCGCUCUCCAACGGUAAAGACACGAUGCAUACUAGCUACACCACUCCUCCGUGCGACCAGUUCCCAUUUCUCCCCACCCAUUCCAUCCUAUGUUGCCGGUGCAUUUAUUUCUGGUGUGCACAGUCGCGGCAUCAGUGGGUCCGAUUUGGGUCUGCUGUACAGCGACUUGCGUUACGGGUCGGCCGACAGGGGCACCGUGGCGGGCGGCAUACACGACGUCAAGUACUACGAGAAGCAGGCCGAGGACUACCGCACGCUGCUCAGGUCCCAGCACCAGCGCAUGAAAGAGCAGUACGACACGCAACACAGGAGCCACGAGCUGCAAGGUCACUGAGGGGUGAAAGGUUUGGCUUGCUCCAUUCCGUCCAUCACGCAUCUCUCUGUGUGUCUGAUUAGGCCCCCAAGCCGACCUCGACACGUGUCGUGGCGGCAUUUACGUGUGGUGCCAGAAUACAGAGGGGCUGCAGCUCAUCACCGUGGCCGCCAGCAUGAGGAACAAAAAGCCUGCAGCUGGUGGCCAGCAGGGCCACGAUGACAGCGCUGCACCGACACCACCACCAGCAACAGAUGAUGGUGUGAGGGACUCGGUGGAUCCGCUGGAGUAUCGGACAGCCUCGCUGCUGCCCAUCGACCAGAGGCCGCAUCCCGUCAAGCUGCUCGCCGUGCUGCCACAGGUGUGUAAGCUGUAUGCAAGGGUGGCUGUAGAUCGGUUCAUCUGUCUGUGUGUCUGUCUGUCUGUCCAUCUGGGCGUCUGUGUUGUCUAAAGGUUGGUGUGCUGCUGGCGUGUUCGCCGGCCAACACGUUUCCCACGUCGCCCACUGCAGUGCCAUCGACGUCGCUGCAGCUGCAGUUCCAGCCCUUCCUGCACCCACUCCUCAAAGUCUUCCUCGCCACCGCACCGCCACUGGUGUGUAUACACAGAUAGACAGACAUGACCGCUUCGGCACCGCAUUGACGCUGUCUGCCCGUGUUGGCCAACCAUCGCCUCUCUCUCUGUCUGUGCCUGUCCUGUCAGGCCAGCACAGUGGAAGUGCCGUCGCCAUCCUUCCAGGUGGCCGAGCGGCUGCUGGGCUUCCUCGAACCCACCAACGCAUUCAAGCCGACGCUCGAGCUCCUCUUCCACGACAUCCUCGAGGAGGCCAUACCAAUAUACUCAUCCCACCACCGCAAGACGCAGACACGCAUACAAACCACACUGGCAUUCCCCCAGCAACAGCAGCAGCAGCAGGAGCGGGAUGCCGCACCCGACAGUUCUCCCCGCCGGUCGGUGUCAUCUCAUGUGAUGCAGCUUGGGUCGCCUCUCUUGCCGUCGCGGGGAGGGGUUGGUGAGAUUAUGGAUGACGCCUCGCCGAGGGGUAAUGGGUAUGCGCUGGUCAGCGGUGGGUGGAAGGUGCGGCCCACGUCCAUACUCAAGAUGUGCUGCAAGACGUCGAGUGUCUUCAUCAUGGUGGAGGUGGCACUGACUCUGCUCAAGCGCUUCGACACGGUCAUGCCCGAAGUGCUGAUCGCGCUGAUCCGCAAGACGGAGCCCUUCACGACGCCCCUGAUCCUCUUCCCACUGGGAGGCGUCCACCCACACCACCUCUUCUCCCUGUGCGUCGAGCGACAUCAGCUCUCCGUCGCCUCCCUCUAUCUGGUUGUCCUCCAGAACCUCGUCGGCCCCCUGCGGGUGCGCGCCGACUACGCCCUCCGGCUCUUCGAGAAGGCCCUGCACAACAGCGCAUUCACCCUCGCCAAGAACAUCCUACAUUUCUUCCGAUCGCUGUUCGUCCACUCGUCACCAGUCUCGGCCACCCACGCCCCCGACGCCGUAGAGAGCCAGCAGCACAGCGACGACGAGACCCUGACGGACAUCAUCGACACGUCCGGCGGCGAGGCCCUCACGAAUCGGUCGACAGCUGUGACGACACAGGUGACAGAGGGCGCCGGUAGAGGCAACCAUGGCGGCCAUGCGGACACCUCUGAGGCGCCAUCCCCGUCCUUGUCAGCGCCCGACCAGGGAAGUGCCAUAGUGGCAGACCUGCCGCCACUGGCGAGGGCCAGGACGGCCAAGGCCCCCCACGCACCAGCUAUCACAGCCAUCCACCACUCACAGCGGCUGUGGCGGCCAGUGCGUGACGAGCAGGCCGCCCCGCCGGUCGUGGCGGCCGACUCGGACGGCAUCGACAGGUAUGCGGCAGCGCGCGUCUUCGUGCAGUUCCAGAGUGUGCUGAGCGAUUUCCUGGCCGAGUCACUGAUCCAAUUGCAGUGGCUCCGUGUCUUGUCGGCCGUCGUGACGCUGCGGCUGGACCUGCUCCAGUGGCUCAUGUAUCCUCGGCUCCGCAGGCACCUGGGACAUCUCAUCUCGAUCAGUGGUGGCGGUACAGGCGCGGUGGGAAAGCAGUCGCAGACACAGGGCAGCAGUGACGACGAGAUCGAGGCGGGGUUCGUGCGCAGCCAGCUAGAGUGGCUCGCCGAGGUGGCCACUGCCCUCGUCGCGCAAUUUCAGCUGUCUGGCCGUGUGGUGCGACUGCAUCUCAAGGGCAACAGGGCCCCAGGAUUAUGCCACACCAGCCACAAACACGAAGAGCAAGCCACCGACGCAGCGGAAACGUCAGCAUCAUCGUGCCUGCCAGGCCACUUCUACUACCCGAGCGACUGCGCGUUGCAGUACCUGCUGCAUGUUUGCUGGGAGGGGCUGCCAGUGGCGGCGCUGCUCAUCUGCCACUGCUCAGACGCGUCGAUGGGCGGAGUGGGCGACAAGUGGGAGAGCGGCGUCUCCGAGGGCAGUCGCCUGCUCCUCAGCAGCCACACCAGGCUGAGAGGCGCUCUGCGCAACCUCAUGACGCGUGUGCGUCGGGUGUGUUGUGGUGUGGGUCAUGCAGUGAAUGACGGAGGCGAUGUGGCUGAGGGAGGGAGAGGAGAGGAGGGGCAUGAGAGUAGCAAUUAUGUGUCAAAGGGGCGGCUGCACCUGUCGCAUCAGGCAUUGGCUGUGUUGAGCUGGCUGGAGAAGGCGCUGGCGUAGAGAGACGUAGGUAUGUAUGCAGAUGUGGGGAGAAGCCUAUCUGCGGAGACGCAGGGCAUAGAGCAUAGGUGUGACAAGCGAUCAAGACCCUCGUAUUGUCAACAUACAUUUCCAUCCUAUUCGCUCACAUUCGCCGGCCCCCUACCACUCUUCAUAACUCUGUCUGACUGUCUCCAGUCACAAU